GAGUGACCCUGCUGAACACAGCGCAGCUGUACGGCACCUCGGAAAACUGCAUAGGGCAGCUUCGUGGCAGAGUGACGGGAGGCGAGAAGGCCUUGGUAAUCUCCAAGUUUGAUGCGCUGGGCAAGAACACAGAGCAGCUGAUCCCCAGCUUGGAGGAAUCUGCCUCGAAGUGUGGUGUCGAUGCACUGGACGGUUUUCUCAUCCACCACCCGAAAGGCAGUGCGACGGCAAUGGCUGAUCAGCUGGCUGCGGCUUAUCAGAGAGGCAUCGUCCGCAAUGUUGGGGUCUCCAACUACGAUGAGACAGCGCUGAGGGAAAUGCACGCUCUGCUGUGCCUAGGCAGCUUACGGCGGCUGAUGGUUAGCAAUGAGCUCGGUGUCACCAUUCUCGCUUGGGCACCACUGGCCUCCGGAAGGCUGACGAGUAAGCCCAGCACCGAGCUCCUAACGGAGGCAGAGACUGUCGCAGCUUUGAGCGUCGUGCGCACCAUUGCAACUUCGCGCCAGAAGACGCCUGCGCAGGUGGCUUUGAACUGGUGCAUUUGUAAGGGCACUGUGCCGAUCCCUGGAGCACGCACAGUCGAACAGGCACGAGAGAAUGCAGGCGCCUUGGGGUGGCGAUUGACAGAGGAGGAGGUCGCGAGUUUGGAUGCCGUGGCCGUCGACUCCAUGGGCAUGUACUACAGCCCUGAGGAAAUGGAGCUUCAAACUUGCUACACUUUGUUCUUUUCCCAGAUCACUUGCGUCGAGAUCCGGGCACCCGAAGACGUUCUUGUCACGAAGUUGGCUCGGGAGCGACGGCAAAAGGCCAAGGAGAACGUGGAGCCAACUGCGGAAUGGGGCAGGCCUCCGCCCAAGCCGGAGCACCAAAGUAAGCAGAGCAACACGUCCAUGAGGGCCGCUCUGGACCGGCGCUGCGUGAAAGCCUUGGCGCCGGAAGUUGCGAGGCGCCUCCAGGCCGCUCGAGAAGAGUGGGGCACCGUUCGCCAGCGCUUGCGGCUGGCGCGUCCGCCCCCAGCUGAGGAGCCUGCCCCGGAGCCACCACAGCACAAAGAGGCGAAGGUGACCCCUCGUCGCUCGGAGCCAAAGCCGGAGAGGGAGCCCGCUCCAAAGGCACCCCACGAGGCCAUGCCAGGAUGCCAAGGGCAAGAUGAGGAGAAGGAUCCAGACCGAGCUCGUGCGGUCGAGCUGUUCCAGUCUUUCCUUGAGCGCGGCCGCAAUGCGGAGAACUGGCGCAAAAAUGACUUGCGCCUGAUCAACCACAUUGUGGUUCCAAUGUUGUUUGGUGACGCCUCGAUUGACUGGGCCCGACCGGUCCUAGCGCUUGACGAGCUGGAGGAGCUUGUCCGCAGCUUUCCGGAGAAGCUGGCGCUUCUUCCGCGGCAUAAGGCAGCAAGCGUACUUCCAGAUCGGCACACGUUUGGCGUGUCUGGCGGCAAUGACCCAUCAAAGGAGGCCGGUCGCCCGCCAGCAAUGCCCGGCACUCGCAGCCCACUUAGUGCAGAAGGGGCAGGUGGUGCCGGGUUGCGGUCCAGAGCCGGCACUGGUGAUUCUGGCAAGCGAUGUUCCGAACGGCGCAGCCCACAGAGUGACUCCACGCGCACAGGCCCCAGAUUCCCAGAAGCGGCCCAGACGUUGCUUUCUUUGUCUGAGUGGUGCAACUAG